AUGUCAAGAGUUCCGUCUCCUCAUAUCAAAGGUGGUAAGAAUGCUCCCAUCGGCAAAUUUCCGUAUCAAGUGUCAUUGAGAUUAAACAAAUCACAUAUAUGCAGCGGAUCUAUCCUUGAUAAUCUUAAUGUGUUAACAUCUGCACAUUGUAUUGUCGGAAAAGGGGUGCAAUGGAAUGAAGAUUUGAAGGUCCAUGUCGGCACAAACUUAUUGGACACGCCAGGAUAUGUUCAUGACGUGACCAGUAUUACUGUUCACCAAAAUUACGACAUUAAUUUAUAUAGUAAUGACAUCGCCUUGAUUCACCUUAAAUAUCCUAUCAGAUACAAUAAGCUAGUGCAGCCAGUUAAACUUCCGACAUCCGAUGAGGAUUUCUUGGGCCAGUUGUGCACGUUAUCCGGAUGGGGAUAUGGGGAAAGUGAUUUUAAUUCGAUCUUACAAGAAAUUGAGUCACUAGUUUGUUUGCAGAGCGAGUGCAAGGAAAAAUAUUGGUAUUUUAUCGAGAGCCACAUCUGCGGUUUAUUGCCCAGAAACACAUCAACAUGCAAUGAUUUUGGUAGUCCUUUGGUGGUUAAUGGAGUUCAAAUUGGAAUCGUUCCCGAGAUCAAUAGUUGCUUUCAAGAUCCAUUUGUUUUUACAAGAGUAUCCAGUUUUUUACCUUGGAUUACCGCGAAUUUGGAGAUUUGAAAGACAUUAUGUAGUUUAUUUAUUAAAAUUCCACAUAGCCUUACGUAAUUUAAAAUUUAAUUAAUAGUAUUGUUUGAGCAAAAUUAUUUCUGCGAAAUAUAUGCUUUUUUAUCAGUUAAAUGGUCAAUGCAAAUAACAAAAUAAAAGCAUAUUGAUUAUUAUACAUCAUUUUUACUUAGAGACUGUUUUCAACAAUAAUUGCUAUUUUAUCGGCUAUUUAUAUUUAUUUUAUAAACAAUAUUGUUUUAUUUGUGCUGUACAAAAUAUGUGUUUUAUGUUUUUUCAUAUUCUCUGCUACAAAUAAGUAUCAGAAUAAAUAGCUCCUGUUAACAAUA